AUGGGAGUGUGUAAUUGAUGCAAGGCUGAACCCUCAAUGAACUUGGAAGAAAAACAAAAAUCAACGUACACUCACUACAAAUCUCCACCACAAACAACAGCUUCCAGUGAAAAAUUAUCGAGGAAGAUGCUAAAUCCUUCAUCUGACCCAUCGCGCAAGCUGCUUCAGCAUUUUUAUAAUCAAAAUAAGCUUGAUAUUGACCCAGAAAUUCUCAUCAUAUACAUGGAAAUCAUUCGAGGAGACCAUCAAAGCAUAAAAGAAGUUAACUUAAAAUUUCGAAAUAUAGCUCCCAAACAAUCGAAAUUUUUAAGUUUAAUUAUCCCUUACUGCACAGAAUUACGAAAAAUUAACAUUUGAAGAACAAAUCUAGGCGAUGAAGGAAUUCAUCAUUUGACAAAAUCUCUCAUUUACCUUCAGAAUAUAAUACAGAUUUCCCUUGAUGAAAAUAAUAUCAGUGAGACAGGAUUUUCAUAUUUUUCAAAAGGUUUGAUUAAUUUGAAAAAGCUGAAAGUCCUAAGUUUACAUCAGAAUGAAAUUGGCUCUCAAGGCUCGAAGGCAUUAGCACUAGCAUUUAAAGAGCUUUGAAAUUUAGAAGAAUUGUAUUUAGACUCAACCAAGCUAACCAAUGACCAGCUAAAUAAUUUAACACAAGGAAUCUCAGGUAUAAGAAGUCUCAAAAAAUUAGGAUUAGCAUAUAAUCUGCUUGACGGCAAGUGUAUACCUCUUCUGAGGGAUUUUCUAGAAAAAAUGAAGAUAAAAGAGCUAUUUUUAUCAGGAAAUCAAUUAACUGAAGGAGAAGCUCAAAUGUUAUCAGAAAGUUUCAGCGAUAUUAAUAUCAUUGCAUAA